AUGAUAAAUAACCCUAGACAGUAUUUAUCUUUUAAGGCGAUUGAGAACAAAGAAUUAAAGAGGCUUGUACGCAGACUUGAUUUUUCAAGUUAUACAACAAGAGGGUCGCGAUGGUCGGAAGAAAAGGCGAAAUCCAUCAUAUUAGGUCAAGAAUUGGCGCUUUUGAUUGGUGGUUGCAAUCAGUUGAAAGAAUUGUUUGUUGGUGAAGAAAUGAUGCAUGCCUUUGUGUCACACCAAGUCAUUCGUUCUAUUUUCAACCAGGAUAACAAACUUUCAACUAUUGAUUUUACUGGCUUCUGUGAUCGUAAUUUUACCACUGUCAUGGCUGACUUCUUUAAACCCGUAACUCUGCUUCAAAAUAUAUCUUUUUACAUGUGUAUGGCUUUAUCUCAAGAACACUUCUUUAUACCCUUCUUUGAGAAAUUAGCAAAAAAUGGGAAUCGGCUUUCAAGACUAGAUUUAGGCUAUACACAAAUCACGAGUGAUGUAUUCACUUAUCUAAAGGGGCAAGAAUCCUCAUUAACGCAUUUAAAUUUGCAAGGAUGUCACUCGCUUACAUGCUGCUCGCCAUUAAUAGACUUUAUUAAGGGAUGCAGCAACUUGGUUCAGCUAAAUAUAAAUAUGGAGUUCAAUGGGAUUGGUGGAUCUAGAUUUUGCCACGAAUGUAUAUUUACUAUAUUAAAUGCAACCAAUCACAGGAUAGAGUCUCUGGAUAUGGGAGGACAUGUAAAUUUCGAUGAUUCCAUGCUCAUCUCAGAAUUCCCAAACUUGACCCAACUAUCGUUGACCUACUGCAAGAACAUCUCGAUAGAAAAACUUGUCUCCCUAAACACACCUAAACUUUACUACCUUAAUCUAUCACGUACACCUUUAACUAUGGACAUAGAUCAACUACCUCGUGUCUUAGAACAACUAGCCCAUCUUAAAGUGAUAGAAAUAAGUCCAUUUACACCAAAGAAAUAUCCACCCGUUAUCAACAAAAAAUGGAAGUUAUCCACUCAUGGAAGAAGAACAUUCUACUCUCAAGGUAACAUCAAUCCAAUGUACGCUUAUUCAAAAAAGUUACUCUUGCUGGACAAUCAAGUACUAUCACCCAUGGUGAAAUACUGGUGUUAUUCAUAUUAA